GGAAGACUCACAGACCGGUUCGAUGCGAAAAUGCCAUGGACUUGUCUGCUGCUCUUGGCCUCGUUGCUGAGACCGAGUGAUGGAUACCUCGGUAGAGACUGGCGACACGGACAUGCGCGGUUCCGCGCGCGGAACGCCGGCUCAGUGGAGGUCUCCUGUGCAUCCUUGAACGCCGCAGAGCGCCACGCGGACGUCGCGGACGGUGCCACGGGAAACGCCGCGCCAGCGGUGCAGCGUUUCGCUGAGCGCCUGGCUCAGUGGCGUCAGAACGAGGAGCUGACACCUCCGUGUCGAGAAGAAGCACUUCAUGAGGCGCUAUGCCGAGAUAGUGCUUGGCUGCUGAAUCACAGUCGGCGAUGGACCAAGUAUCCUCGUGAGACGAUGUGGGAAGGCUGGAUGGCUGAUUUGGAAUCUCACGAGCUGAAUGAGUCCGAGUGCCGGAGCUUCGGGAUCGAUUACAAGCCCAAGGGAUGGUAUCCUCAAGUCUUUCAUUGGGGCGAAGGAUUUCUCUCACAUCCUGCAAUGGCCAAGCUCCUAGAAGACGAGGAAUACGUGGACGUGCUCUUUCGAAGCUCGGAACUCGUCUCCAAUGCGCCGACGGCGCAAACGGUGACAGUGCGGGGAAGCGACUUUCGAACCGAGCGCCUGCAGGCAUUGUCCCACUUGCGUAUCCUGGCAAGGGCCUCUGGCUUGAACUUGGACGAGAUUGAGCAAGUGGUCGAGUUUGGUGGAGGCUCUGGUGAGAUGGCCGCGCUCUUUUUUCGACCUAGGUUUUCAUGGAUCGUACUUCAUCUACGACUUGCCGGCCAUGUUGCUCAUGCAGCGCUUUUGGUUACGUCGUGCUGGGAUCCCUGCCAUGCUGGGUGCUAAGCUGGGGAAAAUGCCCAGAUCCUCCCAGGCUCAGAUCUUUCUGGAAUCCUCCAAAUCUGGUUUUCCCCUGCGCUUGCGCAGAGCUGCCAAGCGCCACUCGGCCUUCUUCGGCUUCUAUAGCUUCACGGAGGCAGAUGGCCAAUCGCGUGCCAGGCUGAGACCUUUCAUUGAGGACUUUGGUGUGAUAUUGCUGACGUUCUGGCAGUCAUUUGAUUAUAUCAACAACCUUGACUAUUUGGAGAAAUGGAUGACCAGCCUCGGUCGACAUCACGUGCUUGCCUGGUCGGUGGCCUCCGAGAACUGGCUAGAAAACUGGCCACUGGGUUAUUACUUUCUGGCAGUGGAUCAAGAGCUUGGAUCUCCCAAAUGCCUCUUGGAGCUGAAUUGUGGCCCGAGCACUGUGGUACCAAGAUUGACCUCGAAGUGGCUGUGGGAUUUGUGAUCGACUGGAAUGGUAUCGAGCGGACCUGCCAGGAUCCGGACGAGCUCCCACAAGCGAGUUCCGUCGAACCACACUCGCACGACCGACCACUCCCGCUGGGCGGGCGAAA